AUGGAGAUACCUUGGGAGACAGCUGCGAGCGGCAUGUCUGGAGCAGAGGAGGUCUGCACAAUGCCUGAGCAGGAGAGGGAGCCCGAAGCGGCAUGUUCUGGGGGCCCCUCCGAAGGCAGCGAAGUAAAGGCCAAAAAGAGCCGCUCCUCCCGGUCCUCCCGGGCCGGGCUGCUCUUCCCUGUGAGCCGCGUAGAGAGGCAGCUGCGCAGCGGCCACUUUGCUGAGCGCUUUGGAGCCAGGGCCCCCGUCUAUCUGGCUGCGGUGCUGCAGUGGGUGACGCACAAGGCCAUGGACAUGGCUGGCAAGAUUUCCAAGAAGAGCAAGCAGCAGCGCAUUUCUCCAUCGCACUUGCAGAUGGCGGUGCAAAAGAGCUCUGUGCUCAAGCAGCUCCUGCGAGGCGGCGUGCCCGGGCGCCACGGCAGGGCUGUCCCGCAAAGCCAGCGUGUGGCCUCACCCUCCAAAAAGAAGAUGACCAAGA